AUGCUUGAUGUCCAGAAUCUCAACUAUGAUUCCUGGCAGACGGUAUACUUCCAACGAGCAACGGUCAUUGUGACGGAGCUUGUUCUGUUCUAUGCUCUGAGUCGAUUCGUCAAGUCCGUACCUGAGCCGAACAAACACCUCGCUCAUGCCGCCAGCUUGUCGAUUUUGCUCUCUCCUGGGUUAUUCAUUAUCGACCACAUCCAUUUCCAAUACAAUGGCUUCUUGUAUGGGAUCCUGAUACUCUCUAUCGUCUGGGCUCGGAAGCAGUCGACAUUGCUGUACAGCGGUAUGGCUUUUGCCGUUCUGCUCUGCCUUAAGCACAUCUACCUUUACCUCGCCCCCGCGUAUUUUGUCUACUUGCUGGCGGCCUACUGCCUAGAUCCAAAAUACACGUUUCGACCUCGAUUUGGAAAUAUAUUCAAGCUAGGCUUCAGCGUGAUCACGGUGUUUGGGCUGGCGUUCGGACCGUUUGCAUCUUGGGGCCAACUUCUCCAGUUGAAAGACCGGCUGUUUCCGUUCUCUAGGGGUCUAUGCCAUGCAUACUGGGCUCCGAAUAUCUGGGCCAUGUAUUCCUUCACUGAUCGCAUACUCAUACCAUUUGCCCCAAGACUGGGACUCCCAGUCAACCAGGACGCGCUCACAAGCGUCACUCGUGGCCUUGUUGGUGACACCUCUUUCGCCGUAUUGCCCGAGAUCUCGAAGGAGUACACCUUUGCUCUAACACUCCUAUUCCAAAUCACGCUACUUCUCUGCAUUCCGCCCCAUCGCAGUAGCCGGGCACGUUUCGCUCUUCCCGCUCCUCUUCACGGCCGCCGAGUUCCCGCUCAAGACCGUCUACACUCUCCUCUGGCUGAUCCUGUUCCUAUUCGUCUUCGACCGCAUCGCGCCGGUCCCCGAGAGACCAAGGAUCUUCCUCGUAGAUCGGUUCAGUCUGCUGUAUAUCACCGUGUCGAUCCCCUUGAUUCUGUACACGUCGCUGGUGCAUCAGCUUGUGUUUGGCCUAGAACGGUACCAGUUCCUCCCGCUUAUGUUCACGAGUAG